UGCCAGGAGGCCCUCGAUCCACAACGCCGACUAACUUCCUUGACCCGUGUCGGACCACAUAACGCUCGUUCAAGAUGAGAUGACAAGGCUUCCGAUGGACCUUGGCCACGUCUGCAGUUGGUAUUAGUCAGUAAUUAGAUAUGCUCGAAGAAGACCAGAUUGAAACCCUAAGAAAGGCCUUCAACUCCUUCGACACCGAAGACCAGGGCUUCAUCACGACAGACACAGUCGGCGUCAUCCUGAAGAUGAUGGGCAUCAAGAUCUCCAGCAGAGAACUCGAUGAGAUCAUCAAAGAGGCAGACGAAGAUGGUUCCGGUCAGCUUGAAUUCGAAGAGUUCGUCGAGCUCUCUGCUAAGUUCCUUAUUGAAGAGGAUCAGGAAGCCCUGAAAAAGGAGCUGAAAGAGGCCUUCCGUAUCUACGACAGAGAAGGUGUUGGCUACAUCACCAACGACAUCCUGAGAGAGAUCUUGAGAGAGAUCGACUCAACGCUAACAGAGGAGAACCUGGACUGCAUCAUCGAGGAAGUCGACACUGACGGAUCUGGAACUCUUGAUUUUGAAGAGUUCAUGGAGAUGAUGACAGGUUGAACGAACAAGCUUACGUCGCUUGUACUCUUACUCCUACUCUUCUCUCAAUUUCAUCCAUCUUGUCUGUUUCCUGUCGUCUGUUACUGAUUUCAUUAUUAAACGCCAUCAUUCGCAUGGCUUUCAUUCUGAAAGCUCUCAUUUGCGUCCUUUUGACCGCUGAUGAGGAAAAAAAAAACUUUGAAGAUCUCUUUUGCAUCAUUUAGUGUUGUUUCUGCGUUUUCUGUGAGUCUUCGCAUCCCGUUUUCUUUUUCUCUCCUUCUUUUACUUCGUCUUUUUUCUUCAUAUUUACAGGACUUUCUUCAAAGAACAUCAUCUGAUGCUUUUUUUUAUGACGUCUCAUGCUUUCACUGACCUGAAUAGCAAGCAGCACAAUAUGAUCGAAAGCAUUGCGUGUAAAGGGAACGCAUUGCACUUUUAUUUAUUUAUUAUUUUUAUUUUUGAUUUUCCACGCAUUUUCUUUAGUUAGAUUUAUUUCUUUAGCAUUAGUUUCUUUUCAUUCAUACCAACAUGCUUUUUUCGAGUUGCGCAUACAGAAGGCUUCGGUGCGUUCUCUCUUUUUAAUUCUCUACUAUUCUCUCUCUCUCUCUCUCUCUCUCUCUCUCUCUCUCUCUCUCUCUCUCUCUCUCUCUCUCUCUCUCUCUCUCUAAUCGAAUUUCUCCUGCACCGAAGACCUUCGUUUCUUUUUAUUUCGGCAGACACUCUGCGGUAUAACUAACUUAUGAGCUAUAUUAGCGUCUAAAUGAGUAUGUAAUCAAAUAUUAUAUGUUUUUUAUAAUAAAAAUUUAUAUCUGCUGGAUUUUCAAUUGAAAAAAAAGUCCUGUCUACUAUUCUUCCCGUUAUGUUGUAGGACAACAGAGAGAGGGGUCUGAAGAAUAAUAAUAAAUAUACAUGAUACAUUUCUGGGUUUUUUCGAGCAAUUUAGCAAUGAACGAAGCACGGUGGAAAAGGUAAAAAACUAUUAUACAUACAUACAUGCAUACAUACAUACAUACAUACACAUAUAAUAUAUAUAUAUAUAUAUAUAUAUAUAUAUAUAUACAUAUACAUGAAAUAACAGUGACUUAAACGCAAUAUUACAUUCCUUCAAAAGACAUAAAAAUAUUCAUUCAUUUUUACAUGCCUCUCUUAAAAAGGAUAUGCAUGCAUACAUACGUCCAUACAUACUCACAUAAAACUAUUAGGAUAAAUAAAAAUCAAGGAACGGCAAUCUGCUGAAAGACUCCUAAAUUCACAACGCAGAAGACAAACAAGCAAUAUGUGCUCUGCAGUCCUUUAAAUUUAAAUUCAAUUCAAUUUGAAUUAACACAAGGUGAAAGGAAGACUUUUGUGUUUAUUAUCUUAAAAUUAUGAUUGGAGAAACCUAAUAUGGAACAUAAUGAGAAUCAUUCACAUAGGAACACUGAACUGACCUGUACAUAUAUACGAGCGAAAAUGCACACACUGUUACACAUUGAAGAGGGCCUUUGGGUAAUCCAGUCAAUAGUUUAUCUGUUUAUCUUUUAGUCUGUCUAUCAAAGUUUGUUAAUUAAAUCAUUUCAUCUCCAACUAAUCUAUAUGUGAACGCUUUUGUUAACCGUUAAACGAAAAUGGCAAUACGUCAUUAAUUCUUACGUCGUUUUCAAAGCAGCAGUAAAAGACUUUAGAUGUAUCAAAAAAUUAACAAAGCACCAAUCAUGAUUUGUUAUACUUAUAAAUAGUAUGAAUUUCAAAACACGUGUGAUAGUGGAAUGAAACAGAUCAGUUGAAAAUGAAAACAACGCUACGAAGUGUUCAUUCUUAUAUAGUCAAACCGGGAAAAUGACAUUGGGAAACACUCUACGGGUUUUACUACUCACGUUUCACUAUCUCUCAUGAGGUACGCGUUCGUACCAGAAACAUGAAAAAUUAAAUUGGUUGUUUAAAAUUAAAAAAAUCCAUUUGUAUAAAUAACGAAAAGUGAAAAUAAAUCUUCAUGGUCUG